CAAGCUCAGCUUUCCCCUGGAUCACAGAAACACAAACAAGAACACGGCCUGCUAUUGUAACUCCACACGACUGGAUCUGUGUGAUUCCAGCGCCAUGUGACACCUGUAUCUCAGGACAUUUCAGUUCAACUCCAUCACCCAGAAUCCUGGAGCUCGCUCGACCCCGAGAAUCUAAAACGGUUUGGUUCACAACACCAGAGAUGGUGACUUGGGGAAACCAGGAGACAAUAUGGUCGCCAUCCUGGACUGCGUUAAAAGCUGUAUCGACGUCAAGGAUUCUGGCGCUGUCUCAACCCAAAAAGGAUUUCUCUGCCCUCCGUCAAGACCUGCUUAAGAAAGAGCACGCGCGGGUUGAGGAAGCACAGAAGAGCAGGGCGUGGCCUGUUUCCAGGACAGCCGCACAGGAUGAACAGGUCGCGCGCCUGGCAACCCCGAACUUCCGUCACAGGUGCUCCCAGGUCGUGAGCCCCCCUCACACGAAGCAGUGUGAGCACAGCUGUCCCGUGUGGCAUAUCAGCUCUGCAGUACGGAAUACUGUUGCCUCUCCACGUGUUCUUCAGCUUGCUCAGCCCAAACACACACACCCUGAGUACCAGAGUAACCGCCAGACCAUAAAAACAUACAUUUCGUGUGCAGCUAAAUCAGCUCAAGCAAGCCCGAGACUCGAGCAACUGUGUGUGCCCAAAUUGCGAGAGAACAAACUCUUUUUCCAGCUUGGCCAUCCUGAGAGCCCCAUCAGGCCUGUGUCUAAAGGAGCAAGAAAAGCCACAGCAAGCGCUCGUGUGAGAGAGCUCGCCACACCAAAGAGCUAUAUCCUUCCCUGACAAAAGAAAUACACACAGACACCUCGUAAUCACACACCAUGGUGAAAGAUAACAUGAGGAACAGAUGGACUGAUUAAAUGACCACACGAAGAAGCAUAUAAAUGAGUUUCCAUGUGUUUUUUUUCUCCUUUUCUUUUCUCUUUUUCUUGCUUUUUCUGUUUGAAAGCCUCAGACUUUACUUUGGAACGUUCCAAUCUGAAAUUGGAAAGUUUCUGUUAUUUGAAGCAAAAUACCAGAAUGGUGAACCAGCCAACAUGGAGAAUUUUUAAAGUCCAACAGUGUGUGUUGGGUGUGUUUUUCACAUCAGUUCACACAGUUUUAGUUUGA